CGAGGGCCUCCGGAGAGAGAGAGAGAGUGUCCGAAUGAAACUUGACUUUUCCAAUGUCUUUCACUUUUCAGUGACCUGUUCCGGACAUUUAAGUUGAGCUAGUUUUCACUGGAGUUACCUUUUUGGGAAACCGGUCCCCGAGUCAGGUGUGGGCAACAAUUAAGUAUCUUGCAGCAGCUGCACUCCUGGAUGAGCUUGACGUGUUCCUCCUGACAGAGAUGGAAGAUAGUUGCCACACACUGCCAUCCUUCUCCUCGCAUCCCACCACUCUCAAAGUGUCCCUGCCCUCCUCCUCCUCCUCGCCCCGGCAGACCUCCUCAAGAGUUACGCUGCCUCUUUCACCCAUCUCCUUCCCCCCGUCCCCGGUCUCACUUUCUCCAGCGACAGCAGAGUUUCCCCACUCGUCCUCUCCUCUUUCACACGGCGCUGCGUCUCAUUGCCUCGAGGGACAAAGCGUCGGGCAGGAAAGUUUAUCUGACCAGAAUGACCUGACCUGCCUCAGCUGGCUGCAUCAGAGAGGUAACCUCCUUCCUCUGCAGCCUCUCACUAAAAUGACUCUGACGCCACAGCAGGAGUCCUGCACACCUGCACAGCCUCUUCCUUCUCCCGCAUCCUCCAAACCUCCGUAUUCCUUCAGCAGUUUGAUUUUCAUGGCAAUAGAAGAUUCCCCGUGCAAAAGGCUUCCUGUGAAGGAGAUCUACGACUGGAUAGUGAAUAACUUUCCCUACUACAGAACAGCUACAAGUGGUUGGAGGAACUCCGUGAGACACAACCUGUCCCUGAGCAAGAGCUUCCGCCGCAUUGAGAGAGACAAGAAGCAGUCAGUGGGGAAGGGGUCGCUGUGGUGUGUGUGUCCGGAGUAUCGACCGGCGCUCCUGGAGAUGCUGAGGAAAACUCACAGUUUUCACAGCACCAACAGUAAUCUGAUCAACAAGCCCGCACUUUUAGGAGCUGCCUGCAAGGCGCCUGAAGUGUGCGACUCCAUGGAUUUCUCAGAUCCUCUGUCUCACUCCAUCCUCCUCUCCUCCUCCUCUUCACACAUCCUGACCUCUAAUAAUCCAGACUUCUCUGAAAACACACCGUGCCCUUUGACCCCGGACCACGAGGAACUGGUCACCAUGGAGUUGACCGAAUACCCGCAGAACGAGGUUGGUGAAGACACGGAGAAAGACCCGCUGUCCGACAGCGGCUACAUCGAGUUACACUAUUACCAGUCCGACCAGUACCAGUACCUGGUGCUGCCGGACGACACCGAGCUGGACCUGGAGACUGUGGAGAUCCUGCAGCUUGAUGUUGAGGCUCAGGAAGCUGCCGGGUCACUCCUGGACUUGGCAGGAGGUGGAUAUUAACUCGUAUCCCAAUUUACAACCCAAAGCAAAGAGAGUUCUUCAGUCAUUGAGAGGGAAAUGGUUCAAUAAAUUCAUACAAACUUUGAUUUAUAAUGGUUCAGAUGUUGUCACUGCCCUUUAUUAUAUGUAUUAAUGUGUUUUUAGACAUCAGUAUAAAUCUAUAGAUGGACUGAUGUAAAAUCUGUGGAUAGCAUUACUCCACAUGUAUUAAUGCACUUUAAAUGCACAGAUGGAACCAGCCCUUGGUGAUUAACUUGUUCUCAGGGGAGUAGGGAGUGCUUCCAGUUCUAAUAGAUGUUCUGUUUCUAAAUUAAGUUUCUCAAUUGCAAGGUUAUUUAAUAAAGGUUUGAUGCUAUUUCCAAUGGUAUGUAUACCAUUGAAAAUACUAUGAAAUAUGUGGAAAAUAUUUAGCAAAUUGUCCCACGUCUCAAAUGUUAUUACGGUACAUAUGUUACUAACUGUUUUUGUUUCGUUUUAUGAAUUUAUUUCUGUGGCCUUUUCUUAAAAUCUGUGUUUCUAAAAAUAGAUGAGCACUUGCAAGAUAUUUCAUUAAUUGUGUUAUUAGAAUUAUAGUAAGUAAGUAGGACAUAGAAGCACUUCUAGUUUUUGUUGUUUGUUAUUUUGUACCAUAUCUACUCUUUCGUUCUGAUUAUGUUUGGUGUAGGUGAUUUUAUUUAUUAUGUUAAUAUGUUUUGUAAUUCUAGAUUUUAGGUUUUCUGAAUAACUGUAAAUAUCUGAUGUAAGUGACAUCUUAAAAAUACAUUUGAUUCUAAGUUUGACUAACUCACUGCCAUUAACAGUUUUACAUGUUGAGAUAUUAUUGUUUGCUUUUCCUUAGUUUUAGUUUUUUAAUCUGACAUACAAACUGGGAUGCUGUUCUUAUCAAUUAAAAACUUGUUUUUCUGAAAUGGA